GUUUCAGUUCAGCUCGCCGGCGGGUCGGUCGUUUCUAUAUUAUUCCGGAGACCUUCUCGGACCUUUCAUCAGUUAAUAGCUACGUAUAGCGAGAAAGUCGGAGCACAAAAUGAAACUGUUUGUGAUAGCCUUUCUGGCUAUGCUGGCGUUGUCAAACGCCUUGGUCAAGGAGGAGAUCCAGGCCAAGGAAUAUCUGGAUAACCUUAACAAGGAACUGGCCAAGCGUACCAAUGUAGAAACAGAGGCAGCCUGGGCCUACGCCUCCAACAUCAACGAUGAGAACGAGAAAAAAAAGAACGAGAUCUCCGCUGAGCUGGCCAAGUUUAUGAAGGAGGUGGCCAGCGAUGUCCAGAAGUUCCAGUGGCGCAGCUUCCAGUCGGAGGACAUCAAGAGACAGUUCAAGUCCCUUAACAAGCUCGGCUACGCCGCCCUGCCCGAGGCCGAUUAUGCCGAAUUCCUGGAGACUGUCUCCUCCAUGGAGUCCAACUUUGCCAAGGUUAAGGUCUGUGACUACAAGGACGCCACCAAGUGCGACCUGGCUCUGGAGCCGGAGAUCGAGGAGGUGAUCAGCAAGAGUCGCGACCACGAGGAGCUCAAGUACUACUGGAGAGAGUUCUACGACAAGGCCGGCACAGCCGUCCGGUCCCAGUUCGAGCGAUAUGUGGAGCUUAACACCAAGGCGGCUCAUCUCAACAACUUUACCUCUGGCGCAGAGUCCUGGUUGGAUGAGUACGAAGACGAAACAUUUGAAAAGCAGCUGGAGGACAUCUUUGCCGAAAUCCGUCCUCUGUACGAGCAGAUCCAUGGCUAUGUGCGUUCCCGCCUGCGUAAGUACUACGGCGAUGAGGUGGUAUCCGAAACUGGACCGAUCCCCAUGCACCUUUUGGGCAACAUGUGGGCCCAGCAGUGGUCCGAAAUCGCGGACAUUGUGUCGCCUUUCCCCGACAAGCCACUGGUUGAUGUCAGUGAAGAGAUGGAAAAGCAGGGAUACACUCCACUGAAGAUGUUUCAAAUGGGCGAUGACUUCUUUACCUCCAUGAACCUCACAAAAAUGCCGCAGGCCUUCUGGGACAAGUCCAUCAUUGAGAAGCCCACUGACGGACGAGAUCUCAUUUGCCAUGCCAGUGCCUGGGACUUUUAUCUCACUGACGACGUGCGCAUCAAGCAGUGCACCCGCGUCACCCAGGAUCAGCUCUUCACCGUCCACCACGAGAUGGGCCACAUUCAGUAUUUCCUGCAGUAUCAGCACCAGCCGUUCGUCUAUCGCACCGGUGCCAAUCCGGGUUUCCAUGAGGCCGUCGGCGAUGUACUUUCCCUUUCGGUCUCAACGCCCAAGCAUCUGGAGAAGAUUGGCCUCCUGAAGAACUAUGUGAGCGACGAGGAAGCCCGCAUCAACCAGUUGUUCCUCACUGCCCUGGACAAGAUUGUGUUCUUGCCCUUCGCCUUCACCAUGGACAAGUACCGCUGGUCGUUAUUCCGCGGAGAAGUGGACAAGGCCAACUGGAACUGUGCGUUCUGGAAGCUGCGGGAGGAGUACUCCGGCAUCGAACCACCAGUAGUGCGCACCGAGAAGGACUUUGAUGCCCCUGCCAAAUAUCACGUAUCCGCAGAUGUCGAGUAUCUGAGAUACCUAGUUUCCUUCAUCAUUCAGUUUCAGUUCUACAAAUCAGCCUGUAUUAAGGCUGGCCAGUACGAUGUGAACAACCCUGAACUGCCCCUGGACAAUUGCGAUAUCUACGGCAGUGCUGCAGCUGGCGCAGCUUUCCACAAUAUGCUUUCCUUGGGAGCUUCUAAGCCUUGGCCUGAUGCACUGGAGGCCUUCAACGGAGAACGCACCAUGUCUGGCAAGGCUAUUGCCGAAUACUUUGAGCCCCUUAGAGUGUGGCUGGAGGCGGAUAACAUCAAGAACAAUGUCCACAUUGGCUGGACUGCUUCAGACAAAUGUGUUGCUUCUUAACUGGCAUUGCUUUUUAGUUUUAUUGAGUUCAUUGCCUAAUAAAGUUUUACAAUGUCUUACUAGUUUAAA